AUGUCCUUGCGGCAAGCAAUGAUCCAAAACGAUCUUUACGAUAUAGUGUCGGAUGAGAUUGCUCGCUUUGUUUCAAGAAUCAGUGCCCUGACCAUCGACGAUCAAGAAUGGGACGAGUGUGCAGCUCAAGUCAACAACCUGCGCUGGAAUUAUACGGGCUAUGGACUCGACGGCGCUCAAGACGAUGGUCCUGGACUUUCUCGGAGCGAAAGCAGCCAAGAUUAUGGCCCAAAUAACACUAGUUUCGACAGAGCGGGCGGUCUUGAGGCACAAUCAGCACGCCAACGUCUCCAUUCCCGUCCUGCGCCGUCGCUCGACACGCCCAGCAGCCCACCGCCUCCAUAUUAUCCUCCCAACUACGAUGUACGGCUGCAGCGUACGCCUGUCAGGCUUCCACCUCGCGAUGCUUACCAAAGACGGCCCCACCGUUCCCAACCCAUGUAUGAAGGUGCCUCCUCCGACCCAGAAUCCUACUUGUCCGUCAGCAACUCCAUAACCCCGCCCCCCAGCCCACUGGUCACACCCCCCGACGUAACCGCUCGAGCUCCCCCCACAUCCGUCAUCGCGGUCACGAACUUCUUCACCACGAACCGCAACAACAACAACAACAACAACAACAACAACCCCGACGCCACCAUCCGCCGCAGCCUCAACAUCACAGACAACAACAACAACAACAACAACAACAACCCCAUCGCCCUCACAUAUUUCCCCCGCUCCUCCCCACCCCCCUCCACCAUCGUAUCCCCCCUCUCCCCACCCACGACCCCCACGAGCUCCACGAGCCCCACCCCCACCGCCCCUCCCUUUCCCACUCCCACUCCCUCUCCCUCCCCCCCUCCCCCUCCCCCUCCCCCUCCCUUCCCCCCUCCCCCACCCACUCCCUUCCACCCCACCAACGCCUCCGCCGCCGGCCCGCCGCCCACCGCCGCCGAAAUCGCGUACCUCCACGCCGCCAGCCACGCGCUCGAGAUGGACAGGCAGGGGCAGCAGGGCCAGCAGCUGGACAGGCAGGGGCAGCAGGGCCAGCAGCUGGACAGGCAGGGGCAGCAGCGGCAGCGGCAGCGGCAGUGGCAGUGGCAACAGCGGCACGUGCCGCCGCCUAUGGUGCGGAGGGCGUUGGCGGCGCAUGUGCAGAGGCUGCUGGAUCGGGUGGGGCCGGUGGGGGGCGUGGAGAGGGCGGAGGCGUGGGAGGAGAGGGGGGAGGUGUUGAGGGGGUUUGAGAGGGGGUGGGGGGUGGAGAUGGGGUGGGUUGGGGGUGAGGAGGGGGGUGAGGAAGGGGAGGAAGAGGGGGUGAGGGAGGGUGGAAGGGGAAGUGGUGGUAGUGGUGGUGGUGAGGAGGGGAGGGUGCGUUUGUGGAGUGGGGAUGGAGCUGUUGGUUAUGGUGGUGGUGGAGAGGAAUUAGAGGAAGGAGAUUUGGUGGAAGAUGGGGCAGUGGGUGAUGAUGAGCGGUCGGAUUGGGAUGAUUAUGAUUAUUUGGAUUUGUCUGAUGAUGAAUGGGCUUAA